AUGCGCUGCCUGCGGAACGGGUGGGUGAUCUUCAGGACGCUCACAACCUCCUGCGCCCCGUCGAUGCGCACGACGUCCUGCAGACGCCACGUCUUUUUGCCAAAAAGCGACAUUGCGGGUCUCCUGUCGGUCCUACUGCGCACACAGCGCAAUAGCGAGAGAGCGAGAGAGAGAAGAGCAAAAGCAAAAGACAAAAAAAACAGCUUGCGGCCACAAGACCAGGCAAGGCACAACGUCCCCCCUCCUCAGACAUCCGCCUUGUGCCCUUCUCUGCGGGAGCUGCGCAGAUUCUCAGGCUGCGUGGAUGAGACAAUUUUUUCUUUCCCCCACCCCCUCCACUCGCAAGUACGCCGCCGCACACGCCCACGCAUACAACAAGAAAUGAAUAAAUAA